AUGGAUGAAUUAGAAUACUCAGUUUUUGAUUAUCUGGAAAGGUUGUCAUCUGAAGACUAUGAUAUAAGGAUGCUAGCAGUAGUAGAUAUUUCUGUUGAUGUUGGCAGAGGUCUGUUAAUAUUUGACGAUGAAUAUCAGAUUCAAGCUAUAUAUAGAGUGCUUGCAUUACUUGAAGAUCCGAAUAAUCAAAUAAAAAAUGCAGCUGUGAAAUGUUUGGCUGCUUUUGCCAGAAAAUUCCUACGAAGUGAAGUAGAAUCCAUAUUAACUAUUUUAGCGACAAAUGUAGUUAGCAAUUUUCAUCAGCUAAGGAAAAUUUCGAUCUAUGCUCUAAAAAUGAUAUUUUCUGAGCUUCCUCAAGCAUUUAGUCUCUCCGAACAUGUUUGCGAAAUAAUCUCCGAUGUGUUAUAUACUGCAGCUGAGAAUAAACCCAAUUUUAGCAAAGUUGCAAAACCAACUAUUGGUGGAGCACAGCACUGUAACACCUCAGGAAGACAGCAAGAACAGCUUUUAAUGGAGCAAAACGCACCAAACUCAGAGGAUUUGGAUUCUUCAGAGGGUUUAAGAAAGUCUGCAGUCAAAGACAAAGAGCUGCUUGGGGAGCCUACUGUGAAUUUCCCGCAGGCUUCCAGGCUACAAAAAGCGCUCGCAAAGGACCCACAUCGGCAUAUUAACGAAGGAAUAUGGAACCAAAACUUCCAACCUUUAGAUCCUGAUGAAAAAACACUUCCCCGAUUCUAG